CCCUGAUGGGCGGACCUCAGUGAAAGCAAGCAACUGAGCGCGCGCAAACAGUUGCUAAGGACGCACCGCACACUCACUACUGAGCCUCGGAAGAGCCAAAAGACCCCGAUUUCUUCGCGCCUCUCCCUCCCCCCUCCACGCCCCACUCCAAGUGACUGCAGUUUACUCUUACAGGGGAACCGAGGACAGUGAGCGACGUGCAGCCCUUCUUUCGACGGCCACCUUUCCAAGGCGAGGACAGUGAGAAGAGGACGACACAGGGGCUCGCCGUGGGCUGGAGGCCGCAAACGUGAGCCCCAGAACCGGACAGCGGCCCCUCCCGCCUUCUCCAAGCAUCCCCUAAAGGUGGCCUGUGGCACCAGUGUAAUCAGCGCUCAGGCGCAGAAUAAACUGGUUUCCCUCGCCUACCGGCUCACCGUGCAGUGAGGCUCCCGAAGUCGGGGGUGCAAGUCUAGUCUGCUUCACCUGUGGCCUGUAGAACUCUCCUGGCCGCAGUACCUCUACGCCUCCGAAGUUGGCACAGUGGCUUGAGCGAAUCCGCAAGCUUGAAGUGUCUCCCAUGCUGCCUAAAGACUUGCCAGGAUGUCUGCUUUCGUCGUGCUCGCCUAGACUCUACUCAUUCAUCAAACCCCUAACCCAGGUGGAGCCGGAGCCUGCGGGAACUACAAUUCCCAUGAAACACUGCGCCCACGCAAGCGUGUCAGCUCGCGCUUCUAUACUUUGUUCCAUUGGCUGGCCGAUUGGACCUGGAAUCCUGAUUGGCCCAUGGCCUGAGGCGACAGAUUCCGGAAAGGGAAAGAGCAGCCAAUAUGGCGGCGGAGCGCGGCGCGGGGCAGCAACAGUCGCAGGAGAUGAUGGAGGUUGACAGGCGGGUUGAAUCUGAAGAAUCGGGUGAUGAGGAAGGAAAGAAGCAUGGCGGCGGCAUCGUGACAGACCUCAGCGAGCAGAGCCUGAAGGAUGGAGUAGAACGGGGCACAGAAGACCCGGAAGAGGAACAUGAGCUGGCAGUAGAUAUGGAAACCAUCAACCUGGACCGAGAUGCAGAGGAUGUUGAUCUGAAUCACUAUCGAAUUGGAAAGAUUGAAGGCUUUGAGGUGCUAAAGAAAGUGAAGUCACUCUGCCUUCGUCAAAACCUAAUUAAAUGCAUUGAAAACCUGGAAGAACUGCAGAGUCUCCGAGAACUGGAUCUCUAUGAUAAUCAGAUCAAGAAGAUUGAGAAUCUUGAGGCACUGACAGAAUUGGAGGUUCUAGAUAUUUCUUUUAAUUUGCUGAGGAACAUUGAAGGGAUUGACAAACUGACACAGCUGAAAAAACUCUUCUUGGUCAACAAUAAAAUCAAUAAAAUUGAGAACAUAAGCAACUUACAUCAACUGCAAAUGUUGGAGCUGGGGUCUAACCGGAUUCGGGCAAUUGAAAAUAUCGACACGUUAACCAACCUGGAGAGUUUGUUUCUGGGGAAAAACAAAAUUACAAAACUUCAGAACCUGGAUGCGCUUACCAACCUGACAGUCCUCAGUAUGCAGAGCAACCGGCUAACAAAGAUCGAAGGUCUACAGAGCUUGGUGAACCUGCGGGAACUAUACCUCAGCCACAAUGGCAUCGAGGUUAUCGAGGGCCUGGAGAACAACAACAAACUCACCAUGUUGGAUAUUGCAUCAAAUAGAAUAAAAAAGAUUGAGAAUAUCAGCCAUCUGACAGAACUGCAAGAAUUCUGGAUGAAUGACAAUCUACUGGAGAGCUGGAGUGACCUUGAUGAGCUGAAGGGUGCCAGGAGUCUGGAGACCGUGUACCUGGAGCGCAACCCCCUGCAGAAGGAUCCACAAUACCGGCGGAAGGUCAUGCUGGCCUUACCCUCUGUGCGGCAGAUCGACGCCACAUACGUCAGGUUCUGAGCCCUCCUUGCUCCUCACCUGGUCCCUCUCCUCAAAAGAACUUCCCAGCCACGGUUUUUUAAUCUACCUAUUGCUCCUGAAGUCGUCACUAUACCAACAGUCACAACCCAAUGGCAAUAAUAAGGCACUGGUGGUACCUGGCCUGUGAUGCUACACACCAUUUGGAGAUGCCAACACUAUUAAAUCUUGCCACGCGGUCUUCCUGGUGAA